AUGGCUUCCGUUCUUGAUCUGGGAGAGGACAACUGGGAGCUUCGGGCCGAAAUAGACGAAAGGUCAAACAAUCUGUUCAAACCCAGAGCAAACGAGCCCAAACUGAAGCUCAGCCGUCUGUUCUGGACCAGCAUUGUCCCAACUGCUGAAGCAAUGUCGUUCGAGAAAGAUUUGGUCGUGCACAAUACCUCACAGCUCAAGAAUCUGAAAGCAGGAUCAAAUGACUUCUUGCAAGUGUUCGUAAUUCGCCAGGAGCGUUCAUGGUCAUCCCUCGACAUUUCUAAAGAACUUUUCGAAGACUUCAUUGACAUCUAUGCUGUGUUCUCUCCGUUUUGGAGAUGCAUGUUCACAUUUGGCAAGAAGUCUAAGGAGGACGAGUGCGACUUCCCUGGAUUCAAAUCGUGCGGACCUUAUCAUAGUGUAAAAGGCUGGAUGAGGUACAUAUCCUGGCUUGAGAAACACGUGAAAGAAAUGUCUGUUCGAAUCACGUUUGCGGACCUUCAAAUAGGAUGCGAUGGACACAAUGAAGGGUUCACCUUCGAUGUCGAUGAUAGGCAGUCCCUCAAAGUCAUCGAAGAUGCAGCCAUUGAUCUGCAAAUCAUUCUAUCCACUCUCCGUAGCACCAUUGAAGGAAUUCAUAGGUACUGCCAGAAGUGUUGCAAGAUGUCUCGCCACUCAGGAGACUGUGCUUGCGCCGCCGCACUUGACGAGUUUGACGGAUACAUCAGAGAGGUAGAGCUUUGUGCUGAGAGAGCAUCAAUUCUGAAGGAGCGAAUCGUUUCUACAACUCAGCUACUUUCCGACUUGCUACACUACGAAGACCAGAAGUCCUUGAAAGACCUGACCAAGCAGUCCCAAGAAGAAAACCGUAUGAUGCGAUCAUUGACGGAGAAAAGUACGAAAGAUGCUGAAGCAGUCAAAGUACUGACAAUCAUUGGUUUGGUGUACUUGCCAACCACAUUCGUCGCGGUGAGCCAAACCAAUCUCUGA